GUCAGGCAAUCAGAGUUUUGUAACUAGUCUUCGCUCUUCACAUCUAAUAGAAUGACUUCUGAUGGCUCCCCCACAGGCUGUCCUUCUGAGUCCUGUGCCAGGGCUUCUGAUUGUGCAAUUGCUUCCAGCUGCUCGCUGGAAACCACUUGUCUCCCCAACGCCUGUGCUGCAUCCAGAUUCCAGACCCCUAGCUUCCUGUCCCGGUCUCACUUGCCAGCCGGUUGCAUCACGCCAUGCCACUUUGCUGGGAGUUGUAAUAUUCCGUGCUUGGUGGGGAACUGUGCUUGGUGUGAGGAUGGGGUGUUCAACAGCAAUGAGAAGGAGACCAUGCAGUUCCUGAAUGACAGACUCGCCAACUACCUGGAGAAGGUGCGCGGCCUGGAGGAGAUGAAUGCAGAGCUGGAAUGCAGGAUCCGAGAGCAAUGUGAAGAGGAUGUCCCGUUGGUGUGCCCUGAUUAUCAGUGUUAUUUUGACACGAUUGAAGAUCUCCAACAAAAGAUCUUGUGCACAAAGGCAGAGAAUUCUAGACUUGCUGUACAGCUUGACAACUGCAAACUGGCCACCGAUGACUUUAGGUCCAAGUACGAGUCCGAACUGUCUCUUCGCCAGCUGGUAGAGACUGACAUCAGCGGCCUGCACGGGAUCCUGGGUGAGCUGAACUUGUGCAAAGCUGACCUGGAGGCACAUGUGGAGUCUCUAAAGGACGAUCUCCUUUGCCUUAAGAAAAACCACGAACAGGAAGUCAACUUGCUUCGUGGACAGCUUGGUGACCGACUCAGUGUGGAGCUAGACACUGCCCCCACCAUCGACCUUAACAGUGUCCUGGAUGAGAUGCGCUGUCAGUAUGAGACGGUGCUGGCCAACAACCGAAGAGAAGCAGAAGAGUGGUUUGCUGUCCAGACGGAGGAGCUGAGUCAGCAGCAACUGUCCAGUGCGGAGCAGCUGCAGGGCUGCCAGACGGAGAUCCUGGAACUGAAACGCACAGCCAACGCUCUGGAAAUUGAGCUCCAAGCACAACAAAGCCUGACAGAAUCUCUGGAAUGCACUGUGGCAGAAACCGAGGCCCAGUACAGCUCCCAGCUGGCCCAGAUGCAGUGCCUGAUCGAUAAUGUGGAGAACCAGCUGGCUGAGAUCCGCUGCGACCUGGAGCGGCAGAACCAGGAAUAUGAGGUGCUGCUGGACACGAAGGCCCGGCUGGAGGGCGAGAUCAACACGUACCGGGGUCUCCUGGAGAGCGAGGACAGCAGGCUUUCCUGUAACCCGUGUCCUACAACGAGCAUGCCGAGAAACACUUGUGAGCCUUGCUCUGCGUAUGUAAUUUGCACAGUUGAAAAUUGCUGUUCGUGAGUGCUAAACACCCGGAAUGGUGGACGGAGGAAUUGAAUCCAGCAGCGUCCUGGAAAGGCGAUGGGGCUUCACUCAGAGACAUCCUAACUUGAAACUCAAGUCAAGAAGGCUUCCAUUUCCUAAAAUUGUCCUCUAAGCAUCCUCGGUACAUUUCCACUUUAUCAUUUCCUCUCCUGCCUGCUUAUUUGGAAUAUUCUAGGAGUCUAUAAAGCUUUCUUGCUAACCUCCAAAUAAAAUGUGUUUCAUUCCUUUA